UUUCGUCAAUUUUCCGUACAUUGAAAUGAGUUCCAUAUAAAGUGUAUAUGGAAUGUAAACCGCAUGGUUCCACUUGUGUGAAAAUUCAAAGUAUUCAAAUUGUGAUUUUAAUUUGGGAAUUUAGAAAUUUGUUUUCAUCAUCGGUCUUCAUUGCAAUUCACAAAAGCGAUAAUUGAGAAUUAUUUUUCUAAAACAUUUCAACUUCAGUUGCUUUAAUUUUUUCUCAUUGCAAAUAGUCUUCAUGUAAAAGUUUUGUUCAUAACCUCAAAAUUCGAAUUUCACAAUUUGAUUCAUCCGACGAAUGUGGGAAAUCUGUGUAUGUCGCUUCGUUCUUUUACCAUGACCUUUUUCUUCUAGCAUUUUUGUUCGUGUUUUUUCUGUGUACAGCAAUUAGAUGAACAAUAUAGCUUGUGCAUUUAAACGGGUUAACAAAGAGAAAUGUUGUUUUUCCAUGUGCUUUUGUGAGGGUGAUAAGUGAUGGAAUGGCAUUUAGUACAAGACCAUGUGAAACAUUUUGAUAAUAAAAGAAAAUGUGGAUGGUUAGACAAAGAAUGAUGUCAUUAUCACAGACGGAUUUCCCACAUCGUGGUGAAUCAAAUCGUAAAUACAAUUGUUCAUCUAAUCGGCCGAACGGAAAACACGACACAAAAUGCCGCAAAACGAGUAUAUGGACCGUCACCGUAAAUUAUACGGUCGACGAUUGGACUACGAAGAGCGUAAACGCAAACGUGAAGCUCGUGCACCACGUGAACGUGCAAAGAAAGCGCAAAAACUGCGCGGCAUCAAAGCGAAACUGUUUAACAAGGAGCGUCGCAAUGAGAAGAUUCAAAUGAAAAAGAAAAUUCAUGCGCACGAAGAGAAAAAGGUCAAGAAACAAGAAGAAAAGGUUGAAGAUGGUGCUAUCCCAACAUAUUUGCUGGACCGUGGUGUUCAAUCGAAUGCCAAAAUUUUGUCAAAUAUGAUCAAACAGAAGCGAAAAGAAAAGGCCGGCAAAUGGGAUGUUCCAAUUCCAAAAGUUCGUGCCCAAUCCGAUGCCGAGGUGUUCCGUGUCUUGAAAUCGGGUAAAACCAAACGAAAGGCAUGGAAACGUAUGGUUACCAAAGUCACCUUUGUCGGCGACAAUUUCACACGUAAACCACCGAAAUUUGAACGUUUCAUUCGGCCAAUGGGUCUACGAUUCAAAAAAGCACAUGUUACACACCCCGAAUUGAAAGCCACAUUCCACCUGCCAAUCAUUGGUGUGAAAAAGAAUCCAAGCUCACCGAUGUUCACCAGUUUGGGUGUCAUUACAAAGGGAACAGUCAUUGAGGUUAACAUCUCCGAACUCGGUUUGGUCACACAAACGGGCAAAGUCGUUUGGGGUAAAUACGCUCAAGUGACCAACAAUCCGGAAAAUGAUGGUUGCAUCAAUGCCGUUCUUUUAGUUUAGAUCAAUUUCGUUCGUUGAUACAUUUUUUCUAGUUUUAAGAUACACACGACCUCUUUGUACAAUAAGAUGAAUAAAACAGUUUCAAUCAAAAUAAUAUAAUAUCGA